AUGCCGCUUCUCAGCGUACAGCUGCAGCAAACCAUUCUGUCCAUUGGAUACGUAGGUCUGCUCAUUUGCACAUCCUUCUAUCUACUGAGCUUUACCAGGCAGCGUGGUCUUCGUAUCGGGCAGAAGGCGACCUUUUUCUGGCUCGUGUUUGAUGCGCUGAUCCAUUUCUUCUUAGAAGGGCCCUUUGUGUACUAUUCGACGGGGGGGCGCACGGUCAAUACCUCAACUGGUUUUUUUGCUACCGUAUGGAAAGAAUACAGCCAUGCUGAUGCGCGAUGGGGGGUUGCUGAUCCUAACAUUGUGGCUGUGGAAAUACUCACUGUCGUACUCACAGGUUUGCUAGCUAUGUAUGCGGCAUGGCUCGUGCUGCAUAACCGGCCACAAUACCACUUUUGGAUUUGCUUUUUGUGCAUUGCCGAGCUGUAUGGAGACUAUAUGACAUUCGUCCCUGAAAUUCUCGCUGGAUCGCCUUCUUUGGAUACAGGGAAUCCUCUUCACUUGUGGUUUUAUCUGGUGAUCAGUAAUGGUGUCUGGGUCAUUGUGCCUUUUUGCCUUUUGGUCCACAGUGGGUGCACCCUGAUUUCCAUGUCAGAUCCAACUCCGCCUCCUCUCCCGCCCAAAAAAGCAUUGUGA